ACUCGUCAGCCGGGGGCCAGGCCGAGCAGUCGUCUUUUCAACGUUUGGCGGGCUCAUGUUCAAUACAGUAGAGAUGGAUUUCGACGCCUUAUUUAACGAAAAGACAUUUCAGUUUUCAGACUUCCAGGAGUUUACGUUUCUUCCUGGACACCAGAAGUUGACUGAACGAGUGAGAAAACGAUUGUAUUACGGGCUGGACAAGGACGGCGCUCUAGAUGCGCUCUCCUGCCCUGUUACAGAUAUCGCUGUUGAGAUAUUCCAGAAGUCCGCCCCAAGCCCCAUACGCAAGCUCCAGAAGAAGUAUGCUGCGCAUGUUUCCAGGGAGGCCUGCAUCUCCCCAUGUGCCAUGAUGCUGGCUCUCGUUUACAUAGAAAGGCUCCGACACAGAAACCCUGAGUACCUUCAAAAGAUCUCCUCCUCUGACCUCUUCCUGGUCUCCAUGAUGGUUGCCAGCAAGUAUCUUUAUGACGAAGGAGAGGAAGAAGAGGUUUUCAACGAUGAGUGGGGAGCAGCCGGGAAGUUGGACGUCAAGACGGUCAAUAUUCUGGAGAUGAACUUCUUGAAUGCCAUUGAGUGGAGCCUCUUCACAGACCCAAUUGACUUAUUUGAUAUACUGAGUCAACUGGAAACCAGCAUUGCAGAGCGGCAGGGGUUGAAACGCGGCUGGUUCACCUACACUGACCUCUGUGUGCUGCUGGAGCAAUCGGUGUGGAGUCAAGCCCUCACAGCCAUCUCUCAGCACUUUACCAAGGUUUCCUGUAUGCUCGGCCUGGUGUAUCUGACCAGCGUGGCUGGCCUUAUUGCCACCAGCGCUGUGCUGCACCAGCUCAGUCUCUCCAGAAGUGGCACGCCCCUGCUCCCACCUGCUGGUGAGAUUAGCCCGGACCUUCAGACCGCCGACUCGAAAGCAGAAGCUCCUUCUGCAGCCCCGCGCCUCCCCUGUUGCAUUCUGGCCAACAAGAGUCUGAGCCGUCAGACCGGUGCACCUGGAAUCGGCCAGGACCUCCGACAAAAUCCUCCGUCGGCUUCCUCACAGACCUCAGUAUUGUGUCUCUGGGGCUCCCUCCUCGCCUCAAUGGGUCACAUACAUCCAGAAACUCAUUCUGAUCUCGAUGCACCCCGAACCUGGUCGCCGGUCUCCUUCUUCUGUCCUGGCUGUCUUGCGUCCCUCCCUCCUCUUCCGUGCGGACUUAGAAACACCUCAACAGUCUUUUCUCACGCCCCCAUUGGGAACCAUCAGCGUCAUGCACCGUGGCUAGCCUCCAGCCUCCUUGGAGGGGCGGAGAGAAGUCUGAACUCUCGCAUGGGGGGGUUUCCCCCGAUACAGCUUGGACCCUGCCACCCAAAGGCCAUGUUACCAGUCGACAAAGCCCAAGCAUUGAUGAUGCCCGGCUAGUGACUGGCAAACUCCAGUGCUGUCAACCUGUACUAAAGGACUCUGGAGAGCGUUAUUCGUAUGACUCGUCCACCACUUCGUCAUGUUUUGUUUAUUUUUUCAGAUCUGGAAUACAGGUACAAAGGCGAGAGUAAUUGUGCACAGACGGGGAUAAUUUGACAACACAGUAGAGGGUGGAAAGUCACCUGUUGCUCACGAAUUCAGAAUAUAUUUGCCAUAAAUAAAAUGCCAUAGUCAAUGCUCUGCAUCUUGUUUUUAUAUAACAGAGUAUAUCACAAGGGAUUUUUAAAGAUAGUUCAUGUUUUCUUGGCUGCAACCCAACUGUUUUGCCACAUGUUUUAAUCAUUUAAAGUUAAGAGACCCUUCAGGUGGUGUAGAGCCUUUGGGGUGCGUUAUAAUAUUACAGUUGCUUGCUACUUGGCAAGUUAAAGAAAGGUGUGUGUCUAGCAUAUCUGAAAGGUUUUGUUUUUUUACUGAAGGGGUUCUGAGAAGAAGGGACUAAACCAGUUGACUUUGUCUACUUUAAUUUAGGCUUAUCCACAUUUGCUUAGUCUCCGCAUUUCUUUGUCAUGAGGCGUUACAUCAGACAAUGGUCAUACAACUGCAGCAAGCACUGUUUUAGUUUCUACUCCAGAUUGUUGUUACUGUUUGUGAAACAAAGCAUAUUUGGGUGAAAGCGUCAAAGAAAUGAAAUGGACCAUUUGAAUGCAGAACACCGUCGUCAUACCUCAGUGCAACGGUCGUUGGCCACACACGAAAAUCCAUAAACUCCUAUUCUGGUCAGUUGUAGCGUAACGGUUUUGUCUCGUUUUUCUUUCCUUUGGCAACAGGAUAUCACACCAUCCUCACGCCACUUCUCUGUAACAUGGUCAUGUACGACCAUUCAAGAGAUCGGCCGAUAAGUUUCCCAUGCUCCAAUGGGAAUAGGUCUUUAUAUAGAGGAUGGGCUGCAGGGGCUUUCUUGCCAUUUCCUACUGGUUUCUGGAGGGUAACUUCAUGCUGCGGCCCAAUGGAAGUGUUUCUUUGGUCGCGCUUUUUGGACUUUGCGUCUGACUCUAUUUUUCAGUGCAACAUUGGACAUUUCACUCCAUUGUUGCAGCACUGUCGAGCGUGUCUUUUGAAAGAGAUUUACAUGGAACCCCAAGACACCGACUUUGUUAUCGAACCUUUCACAAUAUGGCUCGGCGCGUUUGAAUUUAAUACAGCACGAAGUCCUUUUAAUUUUGUACAAUGUGUAAAAUGCAAAUAGUGUACAAAUCUGUAAAAAAACAAAGCGAAUAAAGGAAGCAUUUCUUUUUGGA